AUGACAAUGGCUUCCCUUGGAGCUGAAAGGAAGGCAUGUGAUUCUUCUACAAGAUGGAGAACAAAAAAAACAAGGGACUAUUUCUACAAAUAAAAUACUAAAAGUGAAUUUUAUGAAGAAGUUCCUCGGGAUAAUAUGAUACCUCGCAAAAUCCCGCCUCCAGAAUAAGUGGAAGUGUUGGCUGAUCCUCUUUCCCAGAACAGAGAUACAAUCCCUGAAACCAAAACCAGACAAGUCAGUGAACAAUGUCUUGCCAACUGGUUUUGGGUUUUGCUAAUGAAAUUUAGCCUAAAUUUUGCGUAUAUCAGACACAGCAAUGUUUUCAAAGAAAAGCAGUCCCAAGGAGAGUGUGUGCUGAGUCUCCUCUGCCUGCCGGUGACUCCAGCCUGCUACCUUGGCUAUGUUGGUGCAGGAAAUUCUGAAGACAUUGUCAGUGCCAGUGUAGCCUUCAUACCACUUAGCCAUGUGCAAGCUUCAAAGCCUCACUUCACAAGCACUGCAGACACUCCAAAUAUCCCUGGAUACACUGGCAAGGUUCAUUGGUCAGCAACUCACCCAGCAAAUUCUAAUCUUCCAUCAACAACCCCAUCAAUAAUUGCACGAAUGCAUGGGUACCUAGCAAAACAUGUAAGUUCAUCUCAGUAUAAUCACCAGAAUUUUUCUCAAAGGGUAACUCCAGUUAGUCUUCAUAAUUCUUGCAACAAACUGUUACAGUUUAGAAAAUGUCAGUCCUUUUCACCUGCAUAA